CUUAUGCAAAACCAAGACCUUUUCAAAAGGAAUAAACUUCAGUACAUAAGCUGAUGUACAUGUACUAGUACUUGUAGCUAUGGCUUGCAGGCCGCUGCAGCCUCACCAUCAAAGCCUCCAUAGUAAUAAUUCCUCUUUCUCUUUCUCUCUCUCUCUCUCUCUUUUCCUGCAUAGCUUCUUCAGUUACUCAUAGCUCACAUUCACCAAAAGAUUCUCACAUCAGAAUUCAGAUCACAUUCUGAUUUCCCUACAAAAAGAUUUUCCCAUCCUGUUUUCUUUUUAGUUAAGUGAAAAUAACUUAUGGGGUAGUUGUUAAUUGUAAUAUCAUUUCUGUGAUCACAAGCAAAUUUCCCAGCUGAUCAUAUGGGCAUGUUGGGCCUGAGAGACCUCUUUCUCAUAGCUCCAAGCUCUUCCAUGCACCAGCAAAACCAAACCAUUUCCUCUGAUCACCGCCCAAACAUUCCUCUGCCUUCCUCUGCCGCCCUUGGUGUUGGCCUCGGCAUUUUCCCGCUCCUCACCGCCACUCCAUGCAUAACUCCAUCAAACAAUGAUGGCUCUGAGAAAAUGGUGGAUAGCAGCAGUGGGAGUGGUAUGAGGGCUUGCAGGGACUGUGGGAACAGAGCCAAGAAGGAUUGCAGUCAUAGGAGGUGCAGGACUUGUUGUAAGAGUCGUGGUUACGAUUGUUCUACUCACGUGAGGAGCACGUGGGUGCCGGCGUCUCGUCGGCGGGAUCGGAAGAUGGUGGUGGUUGGCGGUGGCAGUGGCAGUGGUGAUGUUGAUGGUUCUUCUGGGUCUUCUGGUGUUAAAAGGUCGAGAAUUGUGGCGUCACCUCCUCCAGCAACUACUGCAUCCCAUGCUUCUACGUCUAGGAGUGGUGACAUUAGUUCUGCCCACCAAGAUGCAAGUUUUAAGAAGUUGUUACCGGGCCAAGUUCGUGCACCAGCAGUUUUUAGGUGUCACAGAGUCACUGCCAUUGGUAAUGGUGAAGCCGAGUUUGUCUACCAGGCUACUGUGAGUAUCAGUGGCCAUGUAUUCAAAGGGUUUCUCUAUGAUCAAGGGGUUGAUGAGAAAAAUGCAUUCCCAUGUAUUUCACAACAGCAUCUUGAUAGUAGUAGCAGUGGGAGGAAUAGGGAGUCCUCUUCUUCUCCAAUUGUGGUUCCAUCAAGCUGAUAAUUUCUCACUGGUGAUAAAUGAGAUUUACUUGUGCAAAACCAACUGGACAAGUUGAACAUCAGAAGUGGUUGCUGUAACUCAUCUUCUAAAGAAUAUAUGUAAAUAUAGAGCAUAUAAGAACCUCUACUGCUAAGUUUUUAUGUUAGAAAACAGCAUUUUACUUCGGGGUUUCAUGGCGACUGCAUGUAGUUGUGAAACGAAAACCUUGUCGUAAAUGCUCGAUUCGCUUUGAAAUUUCCCAUUUCCUGGCUGCCAAUCUUUAUAGGGCAUGCUUCUCCUCAAAGCUCAUUUGAAAGAAAAAAGAAUUAGAAGGAGGAUCUUCUGAAGUAGACAGUAGACUUAAAACCUUCCAAGCAGUGAGGCAAUGCAUAUAUCUAGCCAAUGCAUUUGAUGGUAGUCCAAUACAUCUCAAUCUGGAGGGAGAUUGUUUCAUGUGAAAACAUUUGGCUGCACUACAGAAAAUGAAAAAU